GGGGUACAAUAUAGGCAUCAGGUUAGUAGAAGACUUUCUGGCACGCUCUGGUGUCGCACGAUGUGUAGACUUCCGAGAAACGGCCGAUGUUGUGUCAAAGCUGGGAUUCAAGCAAUUUCUCGGGAUACAACCCGCCAUUACCAAUUGGAGUAACGAUGGCAAGACCUUCUCACUAAUCUUCGACGUGAAUCCGCUGUGUG